AGAAGGAAAAAUAAUUGAACGAUUUUGGAAUUGGACUGAUUACUGGGAAGACUAUAGGAUUAUAUGGUCUAAUGUACAAAACGAAUGUGAUGUUUAUGGCAAGUGUGGACCAUUUGGAAGUUGUGAUUCUCAGAAACCAACAAUUUGCAGCUGUUUGAGAGGGUUUGAACCCAAGAAUAGAGAGGAAUGGAACAGAGGAAUUUGGACUAGUGGUUGCAUUAGGAGAACAACACUGCAGUGCAAUAGAACAAACAGCAGCAGAGAAGUAGGUAAGGAGGAUGGGUUUUUGAAGUUAGAGAUGAUGAAAGUGCCAGACUUUGCACAGUGUGGUCAUCAGACUCUGCAAAUGAAUGCAGAGACAGGUGCCUGAAUAGUUGUUCAUGUAUUGCUUAUGUGUAUGAUGUUGGUAUAGGCUGUAUGUCAUGGAAUGGAACCUUGAUUGACAUUCAGAAGUUCUCCAGUGGUGGGAUGGAUCUUUACAUUCGUUUGGCAGACUCAGAACUUGAACAAAAGAAAGAUGUAAAAUUAAUAAUCAUAAUACCAACAGUGAUCGUAGGAACCAUCAUCUUUUGCAUCUGCACAUUGUUCAUAAGAAGGUGGAUUGUGGCUAAAGGAAAAGCAUGGAAGGAGAAAAGUGAAGAAAUGUUGUUUGGCAGAAGGAAAACCAGCACAACUGAAGUUAAACUCCAAGAGUUACCACUGUUCAAAUUUGAGGAACUGGCAACUGCAACAAAAAAUUUUGAUCUUGCAAAUCAGCUAGGGCAGGAAGGUUAUGGCCCGGUGUACAGGGGAACAUUGCAAAAUGGGCAGGAAAUAGCAGUGAAAAGACUGUCUGGCGCAUCAGGACAAGGAUUAGAAGAAUUUAUGAAUGAAGUAUUUGUCAUUUCCAAGCUGCAACACCGAAAUCUUGUAAGGCUUCUAGGGUGCUGUGUGGAGCAAGAGGAGAAGAUUUUGGUCUACGAGUUCAUGCCAAAUAAAAGCUUGGACACAUAUUUGUUUGGUUAGAGCAUGAUUCAUCC